AUGAGACAAGCUUCCACUCAAGCUCCCAGGGUAUCUCCCAAUGCCCAGAGAGUGGCCAACAUAGGAAGCCAGACUAUCAGCACUAGGGCAUCCUCCUCAACAGCCCUCUCUCAUGGUGUUCCCCAGUACAAGUACACUUCAGCUGUGAGGAAUGUCCAGCCCCUGGACACCAUCAUGGCACCUCUACCAAUGCAUCAGGCUGUAGAAGCAGCUGUCUGUGUCCAUGGACAGGAGCCCCUGAUAACAUCCAUGUUGGCUGCAGCCCCUCCUCAGGAGCAGAAGCAAAGGCUUGGUGAACAUCUCUACCCUCUGAUUCACUCAUUACACCCCUCCAUGGCUGGGAAGAUCUCAGGUAUGCUGCUGGAGACAGAUAACUCUGAGUUGCUGCUGAUGCUGGAGUCACCUGAAUCCCUCCACUCUAAGAUUGAGGAAGCUAUUGCUGUACUGCAGGUGCACCAAAUCUCUGAAGCAUCCCACAAGAUGGCAGCAUUUCUUCAGUGA